UUCAGGGUUAAUUUAUGGGUCGUAAAAUCUUAAUUUGGGGAUGGAAGACAGAGCAGUGGUUUUGGUAUUGUCGUUGGUGCUGUUUUCUUCAAUCCGGUCGGCGGUGGGUUCGGACAAUGUGGUAGACGAGCGGCAGCUGAUGGCGGCGAACUUCUCUUGGUCCGCCGAUGGUGCGGCGGAGGAUACCCUCGAUGCCGUUGCCGCCGAGUCAUGGACCGCCUGGGCCAACCAUAAGCUACAGAUGAUCUUUAGCCAUGUCGACUUCUUCAGACUAAGCAUUUAUUUGUGCCAACCAAUCUCCACAGUUCUCCUCAACUUGCUAUGGCUGUAUCUUCGCUUCCUACCUAGUCCAUUCAACUUCGGCAUUAUUGUUUAGGACAUGUUUCUUUACUCAUUUUCUGUGCUGCAGCCACAAAAAGUGAAAAAUUGAAUUUCUCUAUACUACACCAUUUGAUUCGAUUUGAA